CCCAGCUCCAGAUGUGGCUGGGGGCCCAGGGCUGGGGGCUCAGGAAGAGGACUGAGCCUGGAGGGGGAAUGACACCUGCUUCCCAGCCCCCCCUUCCCCACUGCUUCUGGGGGCCCAUCAGCUUGGGUCAGCCCCCCCGGCAGGGCCAGAAUGUCCCCAGUCCCCAGGACCGACUGGAAGUAGUGAUGGCUCCAGCCCCCAGGCCCCGAUAAAAGGUCUUCUUGGAGAGUUAGGAAAGGAGGAAGGAGGCCAGGAGGGGGCGCUCUGUGACUGGUCAGCACCACCAUGUGGAGGCUGGGGGUUGGAUAAACUGAGGCAGGAGAACUGGAAGCAAUGAGAUGAAAUGGGGGUCGGCAUGGCUGUGUGCCAACCGCAGAGAAAAUCGGAGUAACUCGGGCUCCUGGGAUCCUUCUCCCAGCUUCUCCCAUGGGUCCCCCAACCCGUGCUCACGGACUGGGGAAGCAGAGGUGCCACCCUCCGUGCCCGAUGCCGUGGUGUCCCAUCUCUGCCCCAGAUGCUCUACGACGGGCACGUAUCCUUUUUGCAAUCAGUAGAAUGAAUAAAGACCAUUAGAAAAAUGAAUUGGUAGAUGUUUUAGGGAAAGAACCGGAGCCCGACCCCCACACACAGGGUUACCUAUACAGUGGGGGUGUCUCUCCAUUGCGGAUCAAUUAGCUCCUUUCUUUCCUCCAAAGAUAAGGGCUAGCAGAUUUGAGCUGAAGCAAGAGAAACUGAGGCAAGAUCAAAGGAAGGACUUCCUGCCGCUGAAGGUGGCUGGCCCUAGAACGGAGGGCCGUGGUGGCCCAGGGUGUCCCACAGGCCUGGGUUUGGGUCUGGGCUCCACCCCUGACUGCCUGUGAGAGCCAGGUCACGGGGCGAGGAGGAUUCACUCCCUCACCCUCGUUUUCCUCGGCUGUAAAAUGAGUGACUAUCAGCACCCCUCCUGGAGGGAACUGGUGCGUGGGACACUGAGCACAGUGCUGGCACGCCAAGUGUUCCACAGUGUCGUCUGUUUUCUGACUGCUCACCAAGUCCUGGCAUUCCACCUCCAAAAUAUUUCUCCGCUGCAUCUAUUUCUCUCCAUGCCCGCUGCUGCCACCCCCAUGCAGGCCUCCGUGGUUGCUCCCCGCUGCAGCAAGGGUGAGCUUCUUGACGCAGGUCACACGGCAUCACUCGUCUGCUUAGCACGGGCUGCCAUGGGCUCCGUGGGAAGCCAGCGCCUCGAGGAGCCCAGUGUGGCGGGCACGCCGGACGGGAGCCUGGUGACGAGCUUCAGCUUUGACAGCUGCCAGCUGGAUGAGGAGGCAGUGGCGGGGGCCGCUCAGGGCCAGGGCGGGGGCGCCGGGGGUGGCCCGAUUUUCCCAGAUUCUGCGGCAGAGGAGCCAGCGCCCGACGACCGCUACCACGCCAUCUACUUUGCGAUGCUGCUGGCCGGCGUGGGCUUCCUGCUGCCCUACAACAGCUUCAUCACCGACGUGGACUACCUGCAUCACAAGUACCCAGGGACCUCCAUUGUGUUCGACAUGAGCCUCACCUACAUCUUGGUGGCUCUGGUGGCCGUGCUCCUGAACAAUGCACUGGUGGAGAGACUGAGCCUGCACACCAGGAUCACCGCCGGCUACCUCCUGGCCUUGGGCCCCCUCCUCUUUAUCAGCGUCUGUGACGUGUGGCUGCAGCUCUUCUCUCGUGACCAGGCUUACGCCAUCAACCUGGCUGCGGUGGGCACCGUGGCCUUCGGCUGCACAGUGCAGCAAUCCAGCUUCUACGGGUACACGGGGAUGCUGCCCAAGAGGUACACGCAAGGGGUGAUGACCGGGGAGAGCACUGCGGGCGUGACGGUGUCCCUGAGCCGCAUCCUCACCAAGCUGCUGCUGCCGGACGAGCGGGCCAGCACGCUCAUCUUCUUCCUGGUCUCCGCCGGCCUGGAGCUGCUCUGCUGCCUGCUGCACCUGCUGGUGCGCCGCAGCCGCUUCGUGCUCCGCCACACGGCGCGGCCCCGCCACAGCCGCCCGGCCGCCCGGCCCCGCUACUGCGUGCACCACGACGUGGCCGCGGGGGACGUCCACUUCGAGCACCAAAGCCCAGCCCUGGCCAACUGCGGGUCCCCGAAGGACAGCCCAGCCCACGAGGUGACCAGUGGCCACGGGGGUGCCUACACGCGCUUCGACGUGCCUCGGCCGAGAGUCAAGAGGAGCUGGCCUUCCUUCCGAGCGCUGCUGCUGCACCGCUACGUGGUGGCCCGCGUCAUCUGGGCCGACAUGCUCUCCAUCGCCGUGACCUACUUCAUCACGCUGUGCCUCUUCCCGGGCCUCGAGUCUGAGAUCCGCCACUGCAUCCUGGGCGAGUGGCUGCCCAUCCUCAUCAUGGCCGUGUUCAACCUCUCUGACUUCGUGGGCAAGAUCCUGGCGGCCCUGCCCAUGGACUGGCGGGGCCCCCACCUGCUGGCCUGCUCCUGCCUGCGCAUGGUCUUCAUCCCACUCUUCAUCCUGUGCGUCUACCCCAGCGGCACACCCGCCCUCCGCCACCCGGCGUGGCCUUGCGUCUUCUCCCUGCUCAUGGGCAUCAGCAACGGCUACUUCGGCAGCGUGCCCAUGAUCCUGGCGGCGGGCAAAGUGAGCCCCAAGCAGCGGGAGCUGGCAGGGAACACCAUGACGGUGUCCUACAUGACGGGGCUGACGCUGGGCUCCGCCGUGGCCUACUGCACCUACAGCCUCACCCGGGACGCCCACGGCAGCUGCUUCCCCGCCUCCCCCGCCAACGCCUCCUUCCCGGCCGGCCUCUGAGCCAGGCCUGGGCCGCAGCCGUGCCCCGGGAGGGCCGCUGGGGUCCGAUCCAGGGACCCGAGGCCUGAGGCCCCCUCCCUGCCCCUGCCUGCAGUGCCUGCGGGGCCCCGGCCUCCUCCUCGUGCCAACAGCGCCACCCUCUCUGGGCCCAGCCACCUGUCCCUGCGGCCCCAGGGUUCUGCCAAGUUCUUGGAGGCCUGGGACGAAUUGCUGCCACCCAGGGCUCCGCUCAGCACUGUGCUCUGGUCCCGUCUCAUGCCCACCCUUCAUCCUCCAUCUGCGUCCAGUGGCCCCAGCUCUAGCCAGGCCAGUGCUCUGUGGGGUCACUCACAGGCGAGCAGAGCACCAGCCAGGGUCCCCGCCUGGUGACCCCCACCCCCGGGUCUGCUUUGAGGCCCCCGGCCCAGAUCACACCAUCCGCGGUACCUGUCAGGUGCCGCCUGAGCCAGCCCUUCCUUCAUCCGGGACCUUCGUCAUGAACGUGAGGCCCUCAGAGGAGAGGGCCCAUCCCCAGCCUUGUCACCCACAACCUCUGCCUCACUCAUCCUUAAACACCGGUUCUCCCAAACAAAACGCAUUUGCCAUAAGGGAAUUGUAGCCCUGGGUCUGAAUGUCUCAGACCACGGUCUGCGCUGGCCUCUCCGCGACCACAGCUUUGGGGCACCCACAGCUAGGCACCGACCCCACACCGGGACCUCCCCGUGCACCCAGGCACCCACCCGAUACCACAGGCCCGGGGGUCUGUGCCUGACCAGGGACCCCCAUCAAAUUCUUGGCUCCUCCAUCUGUCCGUGAUACAGGAGGGGUGCAGUUUGGGGGCCACAAAGCAGGGCCCCACACCCUGGCUGAAGCCAACUUGACCCAGGCCUUGAUCCCUGUCCAGCGAGGCCCAAGGAGGGACAUAACAUGCCCCGAGUCCCUGGCAAAGAGGGAGGGCGGGGGUCCCACUCCAGCUUGGACCCUGCAGAGCAUCCUGCCAAAGAUGGGCUUUUCCGGGGGGGACGGCCUGCCCUUCCACACCCACAGCACAGCCGUGACCACCCCACCCUGCUGUGUCCCGUCCACCUGUCUGUCCACCAACUGUACCGCACCAGCCAUUAAAAAACGAAGGCAGAGACUCCUCCACCGCCGCCUCCUGAGUAACGUCUGUGAGGGUGGGGUUGCCGCUGCCAUUUCGGCCACCAGGGAGAGGGGUGCUGGUGGGACAA